AUGAAAAAGCAAAAUGUGUCUAUCUUGCCAAAAGCAUUAAACAUGCAGAUUGUGAUAGUCAUGCAGGAGCCUGCCAUGGCAGAAGGAUCAAUCAUGGAGAAAUCAACAGUCAUGCCAAAGGCUCCAGUCAUCUCAAAGAUACCAGACUUGCAAAGGGUACCAAUCAAGCUAAAAACACCAAUCAUGCAGAAAGGAGCAGCCGUACAAAAGGGAUCAGUCAUGGAGAGAUCACUAGUAAUGAUGAAGGAGCCAGUCAUGCAGAAGGCCUCAGCCUUGCCAAAGGCACUUGCCAUGCAAAAAGGGCCAGUCAUGUUAAAGACACCAAGCAUGGAAAAAGUACAUGUCACCUUGACAAUACCAGUCAUGCAAAACAUGCCUAACAGAUCAAAGACAUAA